AUGUUAGGGGAAGAGGGAAAGGACAAAGCCACCGCCGGUAGCGGUGUUGCAUGGAAAAUUUAUUCUCGUUCGGUUUCAUGGACUGAUAGGUCUCCAAAUAGCCGAAAGCCACCGACAAAUAGCAAACCAAGACCACUAUUGCCACCCCUUCAGCCUCUUUCAAUCAACAAGCGCAGCGUUGAGGAAUGGCCUAGUGCUGGAUCUGAUGAUCUUGGAGUUUGGCCACUUCCUCAGACUCCAAGAGGCUCCGUAAGAACCUACGAUUCAAGUCAACCCACCAAGGAUUUUCUUUUCAAGAGGGACAAAUUGGCCUUCUUUGACAAGGAGUGUUCCAGAAUUGCUGAGCACAUAUACUUGGGGAGUGACACAGUGGCCAAGAACCAUGAACUCCUCAGGCAGAAUGGAAUCACUCAUGUGCUCAAUUGUGUUGGGUUUGUUUGUCCUGAAUAUUUCAAAGGUGACUUUGUCUACAAGACACUUUGGUUGCAGGAUAGUCCCACGGAGGACAUCACAAGUAUUCUCUAUGAUGUGUUUGAUUACUUUGAGGACGUUCGAGAGCAAGGUGGGCGUGUCCUUGUUCAUUGCUGUCAGGGGGUUUCUCGAUCAACGACUUUGGUAAUUGCAUAUAUUAUGUGGAGGGAGGGGCAGAGCUUUGAAGAUGCUUUUCAGUUUGUGAAGACCGCAAGGGCAGUGACCAACCCAAACAUGGGUUUUGCCUGUCAACUUUUGCAGUGCCAGAAACGGGUCCAUGCUAUGCCUGCAAGUCCAAAUUCUAUUCUCAGGAUGUACCGUAUGGCUCCUCACUCCCCCUAUGACCCUCUUCAUCUGGUCCCCAAGAUGGUAAACCAGCCAGGUGCUCGAGCACUUGAUUCUCGUGGGGCCUUCAUCAUUCAUAUUCCUUCUGCUAUAUAUGUUUGGAAUGGAAAACAUUGUAACUCAGUGAUGUCAUGCAAUGCAAGGAGUGCAGCCUUCCAGGUGAUCCGCUAUGAGAAGGCAAAGGGUCCAAUUCUGAGCAUCCAUGAAGAUGAAGAACCACCUGGGUUUUGGAUUGCUCUUUCUGAUGAGCAACGCUUAUCAGGUGAUUCUGAGCAACGCUUAUUAGGUGAUUCUGACAAAGGAGAGGUCAUGGAGGAUGAACCAAUGUUGCCCUCUGAAGGCAUGGAGAGUGCUGACCCCAAUGAUUUGGGUAAUGGUCCAAGAAAAGUCGAUGCAUAUGAUUUGGAUUUUGAGCUUUUUCACAAGGCACUUGCGGGUGGGGUUGUUCCACCUUUUUCUUUGUCUGAUCCGGGAUCAGAAACUCGUCUUCCUGCUAGAGAACAUGGUUGGGCAAGACUUAGGCGGCAGUUUGCUAGUGGAUUACUCACAUCCCCCAGAUUGAAUAGUGAAGCUGAUUCAACCCCAUGCAAUGAUCAAUCCAGUGUAAUGGUGGAAGCUGAAAAACAAGAUGCUGCAGAAGAGCCUUUGUCACCAUCAUCUAUUCAUCCCUGUGGCUCACCAGAUUCCUUUGAAUGCUAUCCAAAUGACAGCUUAGGUAGGGAAAGAGGUAGUCAUGAAGCAAUGGCGAUCUCUGUUCAUGGUGUUGCUUCAUCAUUGCCAUUGUCUCCUCCUGGCACAUCAAAUCCUUUUCCUUGUUUUAUAAGCUGCAGCCCAAAAUUCAAUUCCAAGUCUCCAACACUUUCACCUUCAAGUUCCGAUUACGCCAGCUCAUUUACUUUUUCACCUUCCUCUACCAACUGGUCAGACUUAUCCUUUGUGUCUUCUCGGCAGCCAUCACCAUCUGGCCUUGAAUCAGCUGAACCCCUUUUUGUUAAAGAUGCAUCUUUCUCAGAAGGUUCCUCUUUACUUCACAAAGAAGCUGUCUCAUCACCCUCAGAGGCAGUUUCAGCUAAUUACACAUUCGAAGGGGCAAACUCUAAUUUGCCCUUGAAAGGUUCUUCCCUUUCUAUUGCAGAGCGCAGAGGGAGUCAUCCACCACCUCUGAUGUUGCUAUCCUCAGCCACCGAAUCCUCUCACAUCCCCAAGAACCUGGUAAGAUCACUGUCCUUCUCUUUGCCUGACUUAGAUUAUAAUGUGGUGAAGGAUGAUAGUUGCAAACAAUUUGACCGUGAAAACAAGGGAACAUGGCUAAUUUCAGAAGACAACAUCAUUAGUUCAUGUGUUGGACCCAAGAGUGAAAUUAGUGACAACGAGGAUCAUGGUACAGAGUUAUGUAAUAUGAUGGCUGAGCUUGAGAUACAGGAGAAAGAAAAUGGGAUUGAUUUUCCCCGUCCCUGCUUAUUUGGACCACCAGUCCAGAAUGAAGGCAUUGAUAUUUUGGAUGAAGGGGGAGGUCAGGAACUUGAGGACUGCAACUAA